AUGGUUGACAUGUAUGGAUUGGAGGAUUGUGAUUGGUUAGGUGAAUUGUACGAGGAGAGAAACCGAUGGGUUCCAUGUUUUGUCAAAAAUAGUUUUUGGGCAGGAAUGUCAACUACUCAGCGAAGUGAAAGCAUGAAUGCUUUUUUUGAUGGAUAUGUCAAUUCAAAAACAAGUCUAAAACAGUUUGUUGAGCAGUAUGAAAAUGCAUUAAGAAGCAAGACGGAAAAGGAGAUGCGGGCCGAUGCAGAGUCAUUUUCAAAAGUAAAAGCUACUGCAACAACUUAUGAUAUGGAGAGUCAAAUUCAGGGAGUCUACACUUUAGCAAAGUUUAAAGAGUUUCAAGCUGAAUUCACGGGAAAGAUAUAUUGUGAUAUUGUAAACUAUCAGGAGGGAGCAGGGGUGCUUGAGUAUGUCAUUCGGGACUUGACUUUGCGGUUGGAGGGCGGCAAAAGGAUUCCUAAAUUCUUCACAGUAUCCUUUCGUGAGAAGGAUUGUGAAGUUCCAUGUAGUUGUCAGAUGUUUGUGUUUAAAGGCAUAGUAUGUAGGCAUGCUCUUACCAUUCUUAUCCGUCACGAAGUCAGUUUUCUUCCGGAAAAGUACAUUCUAAGAAGGUGGAGAAAGGAUGUGAGGCGAUCCCACUCGAAGAUAAAAGUUAAAUUUAAUACUUGGGUUGUCACACCUGAACAACUACGCUAUCGCGAGCUAUGUCUUGCAUUUAGUGAGGUUGCUGAUCUUGCUGCUCAAAACAAUCAUGAAUGUGAGGUUGUUAAAAAAUGGAUAGACACCAAAUUUAGAGAACUACAACUUGCUGAACCAAGUCAGAAAGGAAAAGAAGUACUGAUGAAUCAUGAUUUUGUGGAAGAAGCUGAGGAAAAUGAAAACAUAUUGGAUCCUCUCUCUAAGACUCGGAAAGGUCGGCCUAGGCAAAACAGAAUUAAGCCAACAAGUAGGCGAAGAAAGAAGAAAAAUGAUCUCAAUGCUAAUGUGCCCGUCAACAAUCCAUCACAGUCUCAAGAGGGUGUUCUUUCCUACACACAAGAUAGCAUGGUUUCAAAUGCUUACAUGCCACAACCAAAUUCAGUGCAUCCAUGGGGAAUGUGUUGGCCGGCACAACAAUUAACAAAUGAAUCCAUGCAGUUGCCUCAAUUUCCAAUGCCUGGAGAUCUACAUGCGAUGGGGUUGACACAAUUGUAUGGAUUGCAUCAAAGAAACAUGAUGGCCCUGAUGCACUUGGUUGUGAAGCCUCUUUUAUCGACAAUUGAUUACUACUUGAAGACAUGUUUGGCUCAUGAUAUUGAAUUCUGGAUGCUUUUGGCUCGUGAUAUUGAAUUCUGGGUGCUUUUUGUUAAUAACUGA